AUGCUAGUGAGAGAUCGUAUAAGUGAAAAUUAUGUAAGAGAUAUAGAUAUGCAAAUAUCAAAUCUUCCAAAAGAAAUAUGGAAUGAUGGUAGAAAUCAUUUGAUAUACAAUUUUUAUCAUGGUACCUAUCCUGAUUAUGCAGACCACAAUUUAGGUUUCAAUUAUUCUAAAGCAAUGAUUGCACGUUCAAGUUUUAGUGUUUCAAAAUUAAGGAAAAAUUUUGAUAUGUCAUUUCCUUUAUUUCAUCCUGAUCACACUUUUACAAAACUUGAAGCAUCUAAUGAAAAAAAUAAAAUGAAAAGAAUUAAAAAAGAGGAUAAAUAUUUUGUUUCCUUUAAAGGAAAAAGAUAUGUUUAUGGUAUUGGUAGUGAGACAAGGGAUUCUUUACAUCAUUUACAUAAUGGUCAAAAUAUUAUUAUGGCAACUACAUGCAAACAUAAUAAUGAUUGGAAAAAAUUUGAAGAUUCUAGAUGUGAAAGUGAUAAUGAAAUGUAUGAUCAAUAUGACUAUAAUGAUUUAUUAAGAAAUUCUACAUUUUGUCUUACUCCUAGAGGCAGAAGAUUGGCUAGUUUUAGAUUUUUAGAAGCAUUAAAAGCUGGUUGUAUACCAGUUAUUUUAUCAGAUGAUUGGGUUUUGCCAUUUAAUGAAAUUAUAAAUUGGAAUGAAGGUGUUGUUUAUACUCCUGAAAAUAUGACAUUUCUGUUGAUUGAUCAAUUAGGAAGAUUAACCUUUAACAAAGUUGAAAAAAUGAAAAAUUUUGGUCAACAAGUUUAUUGGAAAUAUCUUAGUAACUAUGAAAGCAUUAUUGAAACGUCUAUUAAUAUUGUUUUUGAACGGGUUAGGUUAGCACGAGAAAAUAUUUCCAAGACGUUUAGAUAA